AUGUUGGGCGGGAAAUCAGUCAACAGUGCGGACAAGGAGGGUUAUGUCAGAGUGAGGAAGCGUGAGCUGGACAAACUCACCACAGAAGUGAUGCAGCUGAGGGACUUCCUGCCCAAGGUCCUCAACGGGGAGCUCAUGGAGAUGCUCAACAAAGCCAAAGCUGCGCAAACAAUGAGGGAGCAGAUGGCCCAGGAACAAGAGAGGCUGCGACAGGACUGCGCUCACCUCCAGAGUCGACUAGAAGCUUCACAGGCCGAAUGUCAGAAGGAAAGAGAGGAGAAGCUGUUGUUGCGGGAGCAGUUGUGGCAGAGUGGCACGGAGCUCCAGCAGCAGGCAGACUUCUGCUCCAGCCUGGGCUCAGCCUCCUGCUGUUUGCUGUGGAGCUGCUCUGCCAAGGAGGACAUCAUCACACUAUGGCUGUCUGAUCACGUGAAGCUCCAGUCCUUCCUGUUAGUGGCCGCUCAGACCCUGGAAAGUUUUGUCUGCUCUCUGGAUGAAGACGUCAAAGUCCAGACCGAAGACCCCAACUCACAGGAACACACCUUUGUACUGGCGCUGGCUGGGACCAUCACCAAUAUUGCUGCAAAUACCAAUGGGCGGGACUUCCUGGCCAAUUUUGCUCACGUGCUGUUGGACACUUUGAUCCGACUGCUGGAGCUGAUGAGGGCUGGAGCGUUUCCUAAACUCAAAGUGCUGAUGCUGAUGGCGUUGUACAAUGUGAGCAUCAGUAUAAAGGGACUCAAGUACAUGAUGAAGAACCCCGGGCUGCUGUCUGUCACGCUGAACCUGCUUCAGGACAGGGACUGGGAGGUGUGCUUGCACUCCUUGCGGCUGCUCCAGUCCCUGGUCUUGGAGGACGAGGCACUGCUGGUGCUCGGCCCGGCCGUGGUGGACCCAGAGCUGGAGGUACGGGUGAAGAAGCUGACAUCCAGUGUGCAGCCCUGUGUGAGAGAAGCUGCACAGCAGACCCUGGAGGACCUGCAGGCAGCCUUUAAGAAGUCUAAAGCCUCCAAGCGCUAAGGACAUUUCAACACUUUCUCAACAUCGUGCUUGUUUAAAAUG